AGCAGAAGCAGCGGUUGUCCUCCGGUGCAGCAGGGGCGCUGUGCAGCUUCACAUCCACAAACACUGACACCAGAACAAGCUUCUGCAUCAUGGGGACACGCGUGAAGGUGCUGCGGGUGUUCAAAGAUCUGCACAAGACAAGAAGAGAUGUCUUUAGAGAUGAUGACAGAGCUCUGACAGCUGCCAGGUUAAAAAUAAAUGAAGAAUUCAAAAAACACAAGAAUGAAACGUCAGAGGACAAUAUUAAAGAGAUGCUCAAAAUGGCCCGAGCGGUUGAGACCAUCCUUCGGGAAAACGUGAUACAGGGAGAGCAUGUGGAGGAAAAUAAAGUCCUGUUACGGCCCCGCAAGAGUCUCCUGCUGGACAACGUUCCUUACUCUGAUACACCCAGAAACAAGACAUGACCCUGAUCUACUGUCAUUGAUACGGCUCAGGCGUCUCCUGCGGUUCUCAUACGGGACAGAGAGCAAGAAACAUGAAUGAAGCUCACCCAAUAAUCUCCCAUUCUUCAUUUUACACAGUGGCCACAAUAACAUAACUUUAAUAACCUGUACAGUAUGUUUGUUCUGCGCUGAUGUGAUUGUGUUCAAUUAAAUGCAAGGAAUUGCCACAUUGUAAAGAGUAUUGUGUUGAAUAAAUGAUAAAAACAUGUCUAUA